AUGACGUCCAGAGUCCCAGCUAUCGUCCUGGAUCGCCUCAGCGAUCGCGCAAAGGAGGCGCUUGAUCUCGUUGCCAAGUUUGUUGAGGAGGAGUGCAUCCCCGCCGACCCUAUUUUGGAAGCCCAGAUCGGCCAGGGCGACGAGAGAUGGAACCACCACCCGGCAAUCGUUGACGACCUCAAGGCCAAGGCCAGGAAGCUUGGUCUUUGGAACAUGUUUCUGCCCAAGGGUCAUUACAAGGAGUCGCCGGGCUUCACGAACCUCGAGUACGGCCUCAUGGCUGAGUGGCUCGGCAAGUCGAGAGUCGCCUCCGAGGCCGUCAACUGCGCGGCACCUGAUACCGGCAACAUGGAGGUCCUGGCCAAGUACGGAAACGAUGAGCAGAAGAACAAGUGGCUGAAGCCUUUGAUGGAGGGCCAGAUCCGCUCUGCCUUCUUGAUGACGGAGCCCGACGUCGCCUCUUCGGAUGCGACCAACAUUCAGCUCAGCAUGCGCAAGGAGGGCAACGAAUACGUCCUCAACGGCUCGAAAUGGUGGUCCAGCGGCGCUGGCGACCCCCGGUGCUCGAUUUAUAUUGUCAUGGGCAAGAGUGACCCCAACAACAAGGACCCCUACAGGCAACAGUCCGUGAUUCUCGUCCCGGCGGGCACCAAGGGUAUUACAAUCCACCGCAUGCUGCAGGUCUACGGCUACGACGAUGCGCCCCACGGCCACGGCCACAUCAGCUUCAAGGACGUUCGCGUGCCCGCCAGCAACCUCGUCCUCGGCGAGGGUCGCGGCUUCGAGAUUAUCCAGGGCCGACUCGGCCCCGGCCGCAUCCACCACGCGAUGCGGACCAUUGGAGCGGCCGAGCGCGCCCUCGAAUGGAUGUUGAUGCGCAUUAACGACCCCACCAAGACGCCCUUCGGCAAGCAGCUGCGGGAGCACGGCGUCAUCCUCGAGUGGGUGGCCAAGUCCCGUAUCGAGAUCGACGCCGCUCGUCUCGUCGUCCUCAACGCCGCCAUCCGGAUGGACGACCUCGGCCCCAAGAAGGCCCUCAAGGAGAUCGCCGAGGCCAAGGUCCUCGUCCCGCAGACGGCCCUGACGGUCAUUGACCGCGCCAUUCAGUCAUUUGGCGCGGCCGGUGUUUGCCAGGACACGCCCCUCGCCAGCAUGUGGGCCAACAUCAGGACGCUGCGGCUCGCCGACGGCCCGGACGAGGUGCAUCUGCAGCAGCUCGGCAGGAACGAGAACAAGAGGGGCAAGGAGAUUACGGAUAAGAUCCAGUGGCAGAAGCAGAAGACGCAGCAGCUGAUGGUCCAGUACAAGACCAAGACGUUGCAGCCAGGGGCUAACAUCAACCGGUCCAAGUUGUGA